UUAAUCUUUAAUUAGAGUUAAAAAUUACCAUGGGGUUUGCGCAGGGAGACCAUAUCGGAGAAAAUGUCCGUCAGCGGAGAAAUUUCCGAAGCGGCUGAAACUCCCCUUCUGGAUGACGUCGUCGUCGGCGUCCUUGACUACAAAGGCCGCCCCAUCGGCAGAUCCAAGUCCGGCCGGUGGCGGUCGGCAUCUUUCAUCAUAGGCGUGGAGGCGGCGGAAAGAUUCGCUUAUUACGGGAUAAGCUCCAACCUCAUCAGCUACUUGACGGGGCCGCUCGGCCAGUCCACCGCCGCUGCCGCCGAGAAUGUUAAUACUUGGUACGGCACCGCCUUGCUUCUCCCUCUCGUCGGAGCAUUUGUCGCCGACUCAUUCCUUGGCCGAUACCAGACCAUUAUUGUUGCUUCUUUGCUCUACAUUCUGGGACUUGGGCUGUUAACUCUCUCUGCUGUGCUUCUUCCAUCUUAUAACAGUUCUGAUUGCCAAACUGCCACCAAUAUCAGUCCGUGUUCUCCCCCACAACUUCUAGUUGUCUUCUUUUUCUUCUCCCUUUAUCUUGUGGCAGUUGCACAAGGAGGGCACAAACCUUGUGUGCAGGCUUUUGGAGCUGACCAGUUUGAUUCACAAGAUCCACAAGAGUGCAAAGCCAAAAGUUCAUUCUUCAAUUGGUGGUAUUUUGGUUUGUGUGCUGGUUCCUUGACAACACUUUUGAUCAUGAACUACAUUCAAGACGAACUUAGUUGGAGCUUAGGGUUUGGGAUCCCCUGCAUUGUGAUGGUCUUUUCCCUGGCCAUCUUCCUCCUUGGUACCAUUACAUAUAGGUUUGGCAUCAAAACUGAGGAUAAUAGCCCAUUUGUUAGAAUUGGUAAGGUGUUUGUCAACACCGCUAGGCGUUGGCGCGCCGCCCCUUUGGCAAUGGCUGUGGAAGAGGAAACUCAAGGCAUCCUUCCCCACCAGGGUUCUGAUCAAUUCAAGUUUCUUAAUAAGGCCUUGCUUGCACCAGAUGGUUCGAAGGAAGACGGAAAUGUCUGUAGUAUAAGUGAGGUUGAAGAUGCGAAAGCAGUUCUGAGGCUGGUUCCAAUUUGGACCGCAUGUUUGGCGUAUGCCUUGGUCUUUGCACAGUGCUCCACUCUUUUCACAAAGCAAGGAGUGACAAUGGACAGAUCAAUUGGCCCAAGCUUUGAUAUGCCUGCUGCUGCACUUCAGUCUUUUAUAAACCUAUCCAUCGUGGUGUUUAUUCCUAUUUAUGACCGUGUUUUUGUUCCAAUUGCUAGAACUAUAACCAGGGAACCCUCAGGCAUAACAAUGCUUCAAAGAGUUGGAAUUGGGCUACUCUUAUCAACUAUUUGUAUGGUCAUUGCAGCCAUAGUUGAGAGAAAGAGACUUGAAACCGCUAUAAAAUACAGGCUCGUGGAUAAGCCAAAGGAAACAAUUCCAAUGAGUGUAUGGUGGCUGGUACCUCAAUAUGCAUUGUAUGGAAUAAGCGAUGUGUUCGCCAUGGUUGGCCUGCAGGAGUUCUUCUACGAUCAGAUGCCGAGUGAAUUGAAGAGUGUCGGUCUCUCCUUGUACCUUAGUAUUUUCGGAGUCGGGAGCUUCCUAAGCAGCUUUCUCAUCUCAGUUGUGGAGAAUAUUACAGGAAGGGAUGGUAAAGAAAGUUGGUUUUCAAACAACUUGAACCGGGCACAUAUCGAUUACUUCUACUGGCUUCUAGCUGGAAUUGGUGCAGUGGCAUUGGUGGCUUAUAUGUACUUUGCAAAAUCUUACAUUUACAGAAAACAAACCACCAUCUGAAAUUGGAUGGCAUUUACAGACGGGCAUGGGGAGCUGUGGGUGUGAUGGUGAGGUUUGUGUCGAGAAAGGAACAGUGAUGAGCUGCGCAUAUUCUGUUUGGUGUUAAGAGGAAAAGAAGUAGCAUUCUUAUGCUCUGUGCAUUAUUUAUUAUGUGCAAGGUCCCAGUGAUUGUGUAGGAUAUUUGGGACUUGGGAUCAUAAUUUAGGUGGAUCCUAUAUAUUUUCCCAUGAGAUCAAACGGCAUUUGUGAAUGUAUGCAACAGCAACAUUAUCAUCACGCUGUUGGUGCCUCAACACUUGGCACGUUAUCAUUGAAGUUGCCAUGGAAGGGAGAGAUGACCCGAACAUCAUCGGAGUGAAUCAGUUGAUCUCUUAAGACUCCACAGCUGCCUAACAGGUGAUCCAAAACAAAGCCAAUAAUGAUCCCCGGUAAAAGCUUCCCUCCCUAGCACCAUAGGCUGUGUGUGUGUGUGUAUUAAGUUGGCAGAUCGUUAUAACAGGCUUCCCGAGAAAAAAAAUUCAAUAAUUAAAAAUUAUCGAAUAAGGCACAAAUUAAUAAAAAAAAAAAAGUAAUACAAAUGUGUAAGUUGACAAGUUAAAAUAAAGAAAAUUUUAAAUUUGUGUUUUGUUUGAUGAAACUUCAAGUAUGAAGAUUAUUUUAAUCCAUAAAUGGAUCUCAUGAGUUUGCACAUUUUGUGCUCUUGACCAUCUUCUAUGAAAUCUAUGGGUUGUUCCAUAUGAAUUUCUUCUUCUAGUUUGUCAUUUAAAAAUGUUGUUUUUAUAUAUUUUUUUUAUGUAAUUCCAAAUCUAAUUUGGCCAUUGUUGAUAGGCUAAGAG